CGUAGCGCUUACUUGUGAUUUUCUAAAAACAGGAGAAGCAAAGAAAAAACGAAGACGGGGCAAGAAGAGGCCCGCCACCUCACCAGUCGUCACCUUCCCUCCUUCCUUUCCAUCUCUUCCUUGCCAUUGUUGCCCAGCAAAACAGUCCGAUCCGCUCUGCGCGUUCCUACCGCUCGUCGAUCUCCAUUUCCUGAUCGAUCGAAUGGACUUGACUCGUUGUCGGGAGUCAGCGGCACUCUCGCCGAGCUCGAUGGGCAGAUCGCCGACAUCUUCCGAGCAUUAUCGCAACGGGUUUCAGAAACUUGAAAAGAUCAAAGAGCAAACAGGCAGAGCAGACAGUUAGAAGAACUUACUGGAAAGAUGCGUGAAUGUAAAAGGCUUAUUAAGGAGUUUGAUCAAGGAAUCAAGGAAGAGGAGGCCAGUUAUGAUUUUGAAACUAACAAGAUGCUUAGUGAGAAAAAACAGUCAAUGAUUAAAGAACUGAAUUCCUAUGUUGCAUUACGGAAGAAGUACUCAAGCUCCCUUGAGAUAAGCGAGUUGACUUGUUUGAUGGACCUGAAGUUAAUGAAGGGCCUUCUCAGGAUAAUGGCAUGCUAGCUUCAAGUAAGCAUCGUCCAUAAAAGGAAUUUCGACUGACUCUUUAGAUUUUCUCAAAGUUUGAGCCCCGAAAAUUUUAUUGUCAAAAUGGAUCUGUGGAACAAGAAACAUUCUCAACACAAAUGUUAAUGAGAUCAAGCAGCUAAUGAUGCAUUCAAGCAAAACAACCUUGACUAUUUGUUGUGAACAUUAUAGACCAGUGACCUGGAGGGAUAAAACUGAGUUCGUGAAUGUUUUUCCAGUACUUACAUGGUUGUACUCUAAGUGGUGGAAAUUAAGUAGGAACGAAUUGUUGAUCGUUUUAGCAAGAGUUCCAUGAUUUGGCUUACAUAUGAGGUCCAGAAAUUUGGGCCAAUCUUCUAUUCAUUAUGCAGAGUAAUCAAUUUACUUCAUGUGAAACUAAAACUUUUCCUGUAAAAGUGUCCAGCUUAAUUGAAAUAGGGACGCUAAAUCCAACCCGACUUUUUUUUAUCCAUUUUCAAUAACUUGUCUAAAGCUAUUUCAGUUUCCACAAACUUCAGUAGGAGAAACCAUUUAGGAGAACCGAAUGCAACUUCAAGGGCUGUGCACUAUACAUUUGGUAAUACAAUCAAGCACAGGAAAAAAAAUAUGUAAUAUAUGAUAUCAGAAGUUUAAUUAUAGGAAAAAAUGCCAUGAAAGAAGCAAUCUGAAGGCAAACCAAAGAACAGCUGAACCACUACCCUAAUAUGGCCCAUGGGUGUUAAAGAAUUAUAAUAUGAUUACAACUAUGUAGAAUUCUUUGUGGUACUUCAUGAUGUCAUUGAGUUGGAAAAAUUAUGUAAAUAUGUGGCUUCUUUGCCUAUAAUGUCUAGCAAUAUCAUAAGCUUUUAGGUAGAUACCUUUAGUGUAUUGAUCGGGUAACGUAUUGUAAAUGUAGCAUAGCAUAUCGUAAAUUUAAUUUUUUUAAUUAAACAAUUAAACAAAAUAGAGAAAAAUUCAACAAAAAAAAAAAUCUGAGCUCUUCGACCGCAUGCUUUGACCCGUGGGAAGAAGGAAGAAGAGAAGAGGACGUGUAAUUUUGUGCUUUGACCCGUGGGUCAACAGCUAAACAAGUUAUUGCUUGCAAUUUUUUUUUUAAAAUUACACUUGGAUUACUUGGCUGUGUUCGCUGCAGGACGUGUUUGUCGCUGGGACCGAGACGACAUCGGCAACACUAGAAUGGACCAUGACCGAGCUCAUCAGGCAUCCUGAGGUGAUGCGAAGGACCCAGGAUGAGAUCCGCAGCGCAGCGAGGAAAGGAGGAACCAUAACCGAGUCGGACCUAGCAUACAUGCAGGCUGUGAUCAAGGAGACGCUUCGGCUGCACCUGGCGGUCCUCGCGAGUCCAUCGAGCCAUGUGAGCUCGAUGGCUACGUCAUCCCAGCCAAGACAAGGGUGCUGGUCAAUGCAUAUGCAAUCGCACGGGAUCCACAUUCCUGGGACGACCCGGAAACGUAUCGGCCGGAACGGUUCCUUGAGAAGCCGUUUGAUUUUAAAGGGAGCCCGGAUUUUGAGUUCCUACCAUUUGGUGGUGGCCGGAGAGGGUGCCCAGGACUAGGUUCGCCUAAAACAUGGGUGUAUGUAUCAAUUAUAUAUAAGUAAAUGUUAUGUUGGAGUCAAUUUU